AUGGUGGGCGCUCCACAGCAUGCCCUGAAGACCAAAUUAGGAAUUGAGCACAGCCAGGCUGCUGCCUUUCAGGAAGCGACCGCGAGUUUUCAACUUGCCAAGUUGCUGAUGCGAGUCUGUCAAAUAGCCUUUUUGGUUCUCAUGGAGCCUUCAGGUAUCGUCUACAUGGCCUACGUGGUGAUGUUCUUUGCCCUUUGGGUCCCGGUGAUCUUCGUUUGGGGCGCUGGCGUCACCGGCCUUUGGGUGGUCUACCUGCAGUACAUCUUGGGAGGUGUGGCCGUGGGCCUUUUUGAAGGAACUUUCCUGAGCGUCAUCAGCUCUCUGGGGAAGAACACCAAGACCUUCGCCAUCAUGGCUGUUACCCCAGUGCGCCACGGCAACGCGGCAGUCGCCAUGAAGUACUCUUAUUCCACACACCAGACCUGGUGUACUCCGAGCCCGCCGCAAAGCCCCGGCGGUCGCCUACCUCCGCGGCGCCGUUGUGCGACGGAGGUGGCCACGGCGAUGCACGAGACGAUCCCGGCAGAUCGCUGGUGCGUGACGUGGGCAGAUCUGAAAUAUCUGCGCAAGUCCGUGAAAUCUGCCAUCCGGAAGGAGGUCAUUCAGCCACCGGAAGAUGGUCGCGAUGACUUCUUGAUGGUGGAUGAGGUUUAUGGACCCAGUAUUUACACCGUGAAUGAGCAGUACAUCAAACCCAUCACCCAUUUCCAUGGCAAGAUGAGUUGGGCCCUGAUGCGCAACCCGGCGGGUUUGGACUGCGAUAUGUUCAUCAGCCACGCAUGGCUUGAAGGAAUCUUCGAAUUUCUGAGGAAAGUGCUGCACAGCUGGCCACGAGGUGUUCGCACAGCUUGGUGCUGCAUGUUGGCCAACCCGCAGAAUUUGAACAUCGAAGCAUUUUUGCAGUCGCCCUCCAAGUCGCCUUUUGCACUGGCCUUGCGGGCUUCUGAGGUGGUACUAGUGGUACCAAAUCGGCAUGUCAGUGUCUACACCAGGCUUUGGUGUGCCUAUGAGGCUUAUAUCGCAGAUCAAGAGGGCAAGACCAUCCUAAUCGCCAAGACUUCCAACCUUCAGGGCAUCAUCUUCGCCAUGCUCCCCAUGGCCGUAGCUGCACUGAUUGGUGCCAUGCUGGGAAGUUAUGCGAGGCACCACUGGCAGCACUGUGCCCGGCAGGUGACCUAUGUGGGUGGUGUGGCGUCAGUGGCUGCCUACAAUGUGCAGCACAACCAGUGUCGCAUGUUGCUGAACCUAUUCUGCGAGAUGAUUUGCUUUGAGAAAAUAGUGCAUUGGGAGCCUGCCUUUCAAUGGGCGAAGGCCGGAAGAGUUCAUCACUGCGAUGUGCUUGUUGUCACUGCGGAAUGCCGCAGCUGGGGGCCUUUUUGGACCAUUGCCGUGUGCAAGCGCCGGAGGAGCUGCCGGACCACAGCCUCCUCCGGAGCACCUUGGUGA